AUGGCUGCCAAGAAUAUGUUCGACUAUAAUCGUGAAAACUUCCAGUUCGACCAAGAGCACCGUCUAAGCAGAGAACUUUUACGGCAGAUCCUGCAGCUGAAGCGCUUCAGCUUGUUUCGACAGGACAUCAGAGAUUUGGUUGAGCUGACUGUUGGGAAGACGGAGAUGUAUCACCUGGUAGCUGCUUUGUUCAUGGAGUCUUCAAUGGCGCUAUACUUCGAAGGGCGCAUUCACCAUGUCAAGCCCACAACCCGCGAAUUCACUAAUCCUGAAACCUCCCACCCCCAAAACCAAACCCCAAACCUUUAUAUACCUCCAAAUCCCCCUCCAAAUCCCUCACCCCAAACCGCUCCACCACAGGACACCCUUCUUCACUUCGAGGAGAAGGUGCGGGCGGCCGAGGGCAAGCUGGCCGCCAUUGAGGCAAUUGCCCAGAGCUUUGGCUUCGAGUGCCCCUGA